AUGAAACACGCCUAUGAUCAAAUGCCACAAAAUAUACGACAGCCGGAAGCCCUAUCAGCAGGCAGUAGUAGAGAAGAGACCACGUUCAGGCCCCAUCGAUACAGACCCAAUGCCUCCACCCACCAACCUCAUCGACCCCACAGGCGACACCUUAGCAGUAAAUCAACCGGUGAAAAUGAAAUCAAAUCAUCUUCAAAUUGUAAUGAAGUCUCCCAAGAUUCCUCUUCUCCAUUCUCUGUUCUCCUAGAAAUGAUUGAAGGUCGUAGGCCGUUAGGGACGAAUCAUAAUUCAUCUUACUGUGGAGCUCCCGUUUGGUCAACUUCGAGUCUAUUCAAACUUUAUACUCGCUACCUCUCUGAGUUCUCCGGUUCUAUACAAACGCUUAGCAAGAUGAAAACAGGACCUGCUAGUUUGCGGAAGCAACUAAGACAACUUCAAUCCCACCCUACAUGCGAGUUUAAUGAUAUCACAACCUAUCUUCUGGCUCCAGUUCAACGCCUACCCCGUUAUCGUCUCCUAAUACAGAAAAUGAUCCAAUACACAGAGAAAAUGUAUCGGCUAUUGGGAAUAAAGAGCACUCGGAAGCAGGAUUCCAGGAAAGUCACCCCUGAUCUCCCAAGUUUGGAGGAACUGAAGAGAGCAGACGAUUCACUUCACAAGAUGUUAAUGGAAUUGGAUGAAAUGAUGGAUAUGGACAUGAUGGAUUUCAAAAUGGAAUGCAUCUCACGCGGUGUUGAGGGAACUCAGAAAUCUGCUAAGAAAAACAGUGAAACAGACAUGUAUAAAAUGGUGUGCUCAAACAAUUGCUCUGAGAAUGGAAUUAAAAGAACUAUUUCCAAGAUAUUACCUGGUGAAGUAUAUGGAGAGGAGCACAUCUCCAGAUGUCAACGAUCUCAAUCCCUGGUUGGUCCCGAAGGCAGAAAAUCACGAGCAAGGAGCAUCGGAAGAACUGGUCUAUGGAAUCGGUUGAAGCGUCUUCGAUUUACAUUCAGCUCCAGUCAUAAUUAUUCAGAGGAUAAAGAAGCCGUAACUAAGCAAACAGCCCCGUUUUUGGCAUCAGUCAGUGCUAAGGGUUCUGUUGAUGACAAAGAUAGUCAGAAACCCAUUCCACUAUCCACAAGUGUAUCUCCAAAUAUUGCCUCACCUGGAAUUGUUCAAUUUAAAGAAACCUCCAGUAAUCAGAUGACAGUGGAGAGAACAGGUAGUAACCCAGAGGAUGACUAUACUUCUAAAGUGGAAUCCUGGAAUAAGAUGCCAUCAGCACGAUUGUAUGCUAGGACGACACCGAACCGAUCAACUACUAAACGCCCUCUGCAAACAAUAAAUCAUGUCCAGAAGAGACACGCGGUAUCCUCCGAUGAGGUAAAUAAUAAUUUGAAUAGUUCAAACGUUGUAAGUACAAAUAAAGUACAUAUUAGGUCGUCUAUGGAUUGA